GGCCUAGCGUGGGGGGGCGGAUUUUUGCUUUGUCGAGACUCGCUUCGACGUUCGUGCGUUAUCUGGUUGUUGAAAGAUUGUUCGCGCUCUGAUCGGUGGCCAUUUUGGCUAAAGCCCAUUUUCGGCCCUGGUUCUGGUCGGGCGGUUUCGCCUCCCCUCGCUGGCCAAUUCCUCCCUUCCUCGUAGGCACCCUCGUUUCAGGCCCAUGUCUGACAUGCCGCCUGUCCGCACUUUCGGGCGCCUCCCAGGCGACAGGUGCAAGUAUGAUGGCGCCGUGUUGGCAAACGAUGGCCUUAUCUACUGCAUUCCCAACUGCGCGACCGACGUGCUCGUGAUAGAUCCUGGCCUCGGGGAGGUGUCGUGCUUCGGCCAGUUACCCGCUGGCUCCAACAAGUGGAGCGGCGGGGCGCUUGCCGCAGAUGGCCUGAUCUAUUGCGCCCCAAAUUCUGCACGCGAGGUGCUCGUCAUUGACCCCACGACAAGGAGGACUAGCACAUUCGGUGCGCUGCCCUCGGGUCGUUUCAAAUGGGGAGACGCCAUCCUCUGUGGCGAUGCCUCUCUCUGCUGCGUUCCCAUCGACGCAGACUCCGUUCUACUCAUCGACCCCGUUGCACGCACGGUGGAGCCGUUCGGCGAGGUGCCAGAAGGCGAGGACAAGUGGUUUGGCGGAGCGCUCGGCCCAGACGGGCUUGUCUACUGCGCCCCCUACAACUCCGACCGAGUGCUGGUCGUAGACGCUCGGCGCCGGUCCGUCGAGCUGUUCGGCUCGCUGGAGCUGGGUGGCGAAAAGUGGGCUGGUGCUGCGCUGGGCCGAGACGGUCGCGUAUACUGUGCACCACGCAACGCGAACUCUGUGCUGGUCAUCGACCCGCUGCGCAGGAGCCUGGCGAGCAUCGGCCUGGGCUCCGUCCCAGUGGGGGCCAACAAGUGGGCCGGAGCGGUCGUGGGGGGCGACGGGCUGAUCUAUUGCAUCCCGAGUGCCGAGUCGCGCGUCUUGCUUUGUGACCCCGCUGCGCAGCGCACGGCGGUCUUCGGCCGCACCACGGGGCAGGGUACCAGCCGGUGGUGCGGGGGCGCGGCCGCGCGCAGCGGCACGGUCUACGCGGCGCCCCACGACGCCGAGGAGGCUUUGGAGAUAUCCGUCUUCGUGCCCACACCGUGGAGCCCGGCGCUGCACGCAGAGUUCCCGUGCUCCGCGCGCGCCUGGGUCAGGCUGCUGCUGCUGUGUCAGGCCAUGGGCGCCGCGCCACAGGGCCUCCGCAGCAUAGGGCGGCUGCUGGUGACCGGCGUGCUCCCUUUCGCAGUGGAUCCCGUCCUGCUGCCGCCCAGGGCACGACAAAAGUGUUCGCACCCUGGCACGAUGACGAUCGAAGGGUUCUUGGGUUCCAGCUUCCCUCCCAGAAGACAGCAGUGAGCGU